CAUGCAGAGAGUUGAAGGAAGAACCAUGGUCAUCCACUGGCUUCUCUUGAAAGUUGUGGUGCUUGGGGCUGUAUUGGGUCCAUACAACAAUCCCUUAGCAGCAGAAGCUGAUGAUUCAAUGACGAAGCCCGGAUGCCGGAGUACUUGUGGAAACCUCUCGAUUCCAUACCCCUUCGGAUCGAGGGAUAGCGAUCCCGGCUGCCGUAAGGGUUCUUCCUCAUUUGCAGUCGAUUGCGACAACUCUACCGGCCAUCCGACGCCUUAUUUUGAUCACAAAGGUACUAACUUGCAAAUACUCAACAUCUCUCUCGAGGAUCACGAGAUGCAAGUAGCCGCGUACACCGGCCGAGGCUGCUAUAACUCUGGCGGGUAUGAUGCAAGUUCAAGCAGCUUUCCCACGCUCACCCUUGCUCAAUUCCCCAUAUCCAACACCAAGAACGAGUUCAUCGCUGUCGGUUGUGAUACAGUCGCGUCCUUCUUGGACCGCCAAGGGAAUUUCGCCUUUGGAUGUAUGUCGACAUGCAAUAGCAUUUCCGAAGUGACCAACGGCUCGUGCUCGGGUAUCGGUUGCUGCAAGACGAGCAUACCUAGAGAUUCAUUGGACUACAAUAUCUCCAUUGGUAGCUAUAAUAACCAUACAGAAGUCCUGAGUUUCAACCCUUGCAGCUACGCUUUCGUCGCAGCGAGCGAUUUCUACAACUUCAGCACUGGUGAUCUUUCGGGACUUCAUCUCAACAACACGCCGCUAGUUCUUGACUGGGCAAUAGGGAAUAUAACGUGUGACGUCGCCAAGAAGAGCCCGGGCUACAUGUGCACCGAAAACACCAAUUGUACCGACGCUGAAAAUGGAAAGGGGUACAAGUGCGCUUGUUUAGAAGGUUUCCACGGCAAUCCGUAUCUCGCGAAUGGUUGUCAAGAUAUUGACGAAUGUGCUGAUCCAAAAAACAACCAGUGCAAUGGAACUUGCACUAACGUUGUUGGGAGUUAUAAUUGUUCAUGCCCAAAGGGUUAUCAUGGUGAUGGCAGGAAGGAUGGAAAAGGAUGCACUGCUAAUCCUAAUCCAUCACAUUUGGUGCAGAUACUUGUCGGUGCUGGUGUAGGGACAAUAGUGCUGCUAUUCAGUGCAGGCUUUCUGUAUCUGGGAAUCCAAAAGAGGAAACUCAUUAGGCUCAAAGAACAGUACUUCAAGCAAAACGGUGGCUUGCUCUUGCAGCAACAAUUACACGAAGGCGACAGAACCACCAAGACCACGAAAAUCUUUACAGCCGAAGAGCUAGAGAAGGCCACGAACGAUUACGACGAGAGCAGAAUAGUCGGCCGAGGUGGAUACGGUACCGUUUACAAAGGGUUGUUGCCAAACGGCACGGUUGUCGCGAUCAAGAAGUCCAAACUCGUGGACAAGACCCGAAUCGAGCAGUUCGUCAAUGAAGUCAUAGUGCUUUCUCGGAUUAAUCACCGUAACGUGGUCAAGCUUUUGGGAUGUUGUUUGGAGACCGAAGUGCCUUUGUUAGUGUACGAGUUCGUAAGCAAUGGAACUCUGUUCGACCACAUCCACAACGGCAACAAGUCCUCCAAGAUGUCCUGGGAUAUCCGAUUGAGAAUUGCUUCGGAUACUGCCGGUGUCCUUUCGUACUUGCACUCCACAGCUUCAAUUCCCAUAAUCCAUCGUGACGUCAAGUCAGCAAACAUCCUACUGGACGACAACUACACCGCAAAAGUUUCCGACUUUGGAGCUUCGAGAUUAGUCCCACUUGAUCAAGCCGAAUUGUCCACUCUAGUUCGGGGGACAUUGGGAUACUUGGACCCCGAAUACUUGCACACAAACCAACCGACCGAAAAGAGCGAUGUUUACAGCUUCGGGGUUGUGCUAGUGGAGCUAAUAACCGGGAAGAAGGUGCUUUCUUUCAACCGACCCGAGAUAGAGCGGACCCCGGCAAUGCAUUUUCUUUCGGCAUUGAAAAACAAUCAAUUGUUCCAAAUUGUUGACGAAGCAAUUGCAAAUGAGGGAAACAACGACCGAGUGAGGGAAGUUGCCAAUGUCGCGAAGAGAUGCUUGACAUUAAAAGGCGAGGAGAGGCCAACCAUGAAGGAAGUGGCAAUUGAGUUGGAGGGACUAAAAGUGAAACCUAAUCAUCCAUGGAUGAGUAGCGUCGAUUUGCAUGGAGAAGAUGGGCUUCAUCUGCUGGGAGAGAUGACCGACCCCACUGUGUACAUGGAUUGUACCGAGACCAUUAACACCGGGCCCUCGGAUAGCAUGAAAAACCAUGUCAUGACACCAGUUAAUAGUGGCAGAUGAGAACAACCACGGGUUGUUUAAGCGUCCUAGCCAUGUAAGAAAAACUCUUGAUUGCCAUUAUACAAUAGAUGCUACGAGGCCUCGUAUUGUAGGCAUAUUAUGGGUGAUGUACUAGGGGAGUUCCGUUUUAGCUGGCUACCGUGGUUGAGUCUUUUAUCGGUACUUUGGAUCCCGAGUUCCUCUGCAUUGUAAAUUGUAAUGAAAGCCAGUGUUGUGAUUCAUAAGUCGAAAUAGUAUGAAUCUUUCCAGUACCAGGGCAAGAUCAUCUAGCUGCAAUCAAAGCAUUGGAUCUACUCGUGA